AGGUGAGUUCUCUCUCUCUCCCUUCCUUAGUCCCGGGACACUGUGUUACUCUGGGCUAAAGGCUCUCAGUGGAAGAAAUACUUUCCGGAAUUUACCUGUAAACAGCAGAGCAGAACGUUGAGGAAAGAGAAAAGGGGCAAAGUUCUCUUUUUCUCUCUUUCCCUCCACCUCUCUUUUAAUCUCCCCUUUCUCCUGCAAGACCGACCGGUCUAGGAUUACAGCCUCUCCCCGGAGUUCACCUGUGCAGUGCCAUGGGUCCCCAUACUAUGUGAAGACCUCCCCUCACCAUCUCAGCGUCCAGCCUACCUAAAGGUCUCCUCCUCCUCCUCCUCCUCCUCCUCCCCUGACUGACCCCUGGCCUCCAUCUGUGUGUAGCAUCCUCCAGCACUGGCUCCCCCUUUCUACCCCCACCUGCCCAGCGUCAUGGAUGAGGAGGAACUGGGGGCCAUGGCGGCUGCCCCCAACCCCACCCUGGCCCCCGGCCUCCCCAGCAUGCCCCCGACCCUGUCCCCUCCGACAGCCCCUCCGCCCGACCUGUGCCCGGCCUGCGGCCACCACCACUCCCAGGACGAGAACCACGAGUACAACUACUGCGACGAGCCGGACGACGACCUCAUGUGCCACAUCUGCCUGCAGGCGUUCGUGCGGCCGCUGGACACACCGUGCGGCCACACCUACUGCCAGGAGUGCCUGACCAGCUUCCUGCUGGAGAGCGACUUCUGCCCCAUGGACCGGAAGCCGCUCAUGCUGCAGAGCUGCCGCCCUCCUAGCCUGCUGGUGGUCAAGCUGCUGGACAAGCUGGCCGUCUCGUGCCCCUUCAGCGAGCACUGCGAGGAGACCAUGCCCCGCGGGGACCUCCAGGACCACAUCAAGCACAGGUGCAAAGGCGCAUCCCACUAUGGCCUCAACGCCGACCGAAAGCGACGGUCCCAGGAGGGAGACUGCCUGGACAGCACGUCCGAGCUCACCGUGGCGACGCUGCCCGGCGAGGGAAGUCCCGCCUCUGCUGCCGUGGCCCUCCUAUCAGACGAGCCCGGCCUGGUCAACCCCGCCUUCGAGCCCAGCGUGGAGGACAACAGCCAAUCAGGAAGUACGACCAGCCUGACCGCUCGCAGCAACUCCAAGAAGAUCCGUAACUUUGACCGGGCGUCGGUGAGGAGUCGCUCGUUCCGGCGGCUCAACCGAGCCUUCAGCGUCCUGCGGAGGACCAAGAGUGGCACGGCCGUGGUCAACGAGAGCUCCGAGGAGCGGGACAACCUCAGGAACUCCAGCGUGCCCCCAGAAGUCUUGGCUCUGCCUCAGCUGCAUCACCUGAUUCCUGAUGGGGAGAUCACCAGCAUUAAGAUCUACCGGGCCGACCCCUAUGAGCCACUGGCCAUCAGCAUCGUCGGGGGCAACGAGACGCCCCUGGUGCGCAUCCUCAUCCAGGACAUCUACAGAGAGGGGGUCAUCGCCCGCGACGGCCGCCUCCUGCCUGGGGACAUGAUUCUCAAGGUGAAUGGCAUCGACAUCAGCAACGUGCCGCACAUCUAUGCCCUGGCAGCGCUCAAGCACCCGUGCCAGCUGCUCCGCCUGACGGUGCUCCGUGAGCAGCGCUACCGCUACCGUUCCAGCUCGCACCACCACCACUCGACCCGCCGGGCCUGCGCGGGCACCACCACCGGUCACCCCUUGACGGCGACAACCUACCGCGUGGUGCUGGUCAAGAGCGUGCCGGACGAGCAGCUGGGCAUCAAGCUGGUGCGCCGGCCCGACGAGCACGGCGUCUUCGUCUUCCACCUGCUGGGGGGGCCUGGCCUGGCUUGACGGACGCCCUGAGGGGUGGGCGACAGCGUGCUGCGCCGAUCCUUGACCCACGACCUGCUUCUGGCGCCCGAGCCUUCGCUUCUCAUACAGGCGAGUCAGGACCGGGUCCAUUUUGUAGUGUCUCGUCAUACCCAGAUCCCGACCCCAGACAUCCUGUCCGAAGCCCCCUGGGGUAUGGAUGGACCACCACCUUACUCCCCUGUGGACAUAGAGCAUAGCCUGCUGGACGCAUGCCAGAAGCCAAGCUGCUAUGAGAAGACAGUGACCUUGACCAAGGAGCCGCAUGACUCCCUGGGGAUGACGGUGGCCGGCGGCAUGUCCAGCCGCGGCUGGGACCUCCCUAUCUACGUCACCAACAUCGACCCCAACGGAGUGGUCAGCCAUGAGGGCUCCAUCCGCAAAGGUGACAUCCUGCUGAACGUGAACGGCGUGGAGCUGACGGGUGUGACGCGUGGCGAGGCGGUGGCCAACCUGAAGAACACCUCGUCGCCGGUGGUGCUGCGCGUGCUGGAGAUGCGGCCGCCGGACGAGAGCUGCCUGGAGAGCAUGCCGCCGCUGCUCUCGCCCUCGUCCUCCGUCUCGCCCUCCUCGCCCGCCGACGCCAAGCUGCCGCCGCUGCCCAACGACGACUACUCGCCCCUCUGGGUCUCCUGGCUGCAGCUGCCCAGGCACCUGUACUGCUGUAAGGACAUCAUCUUGCGCCGGAGCACGGCCGGCAGUCUGGGCUUCAGCAUCGUGGGCGGCCAGGAGGAGGUCAACUGCAACCAGUCCUUCUUCAUCCGCUCCAUAGUGGAGGGGACGCCCGCGUAUAACGACGGGAGAAUACGGUGUGGGGACAUCUUGCUGGAGGUGAAUGGGAAGAGCACCUGGGGAAUGAGCCACACCGCCCUGGUCCGGCUGCUGAAAGAGCUCCGUGGUCGGAUCACCCUCACCAUCGUGUCCUGGCCCGGGAGCCUGCUAUAGGACGAGGGCCCGCCACAGGACGAGGGGCAUGAACUUAACACUUUCAAACCUGCUGAGGAGAGAGGGGUGUGGAGCGUAGUCGUACACUGACCCUGCCUGCUGGAGCCAUUGGCAGAGGGCCUCUGGAUAUAAACUUCUCCGAGCUUGUAAAAUGGACCCUGCCUCACAGGACGGGGCUCCUGAUUAGCCCUGACCACCCCCCCCCCAAAAAAAAGGGGGUGCAGGACAUGUGACAUGGACCUUGCUCAGGAAGGUGGGACUUGACAAAAGACAGGUACCCGUGUAAAGAGGACACAGGACUUAACUACGGACACUACUGACGAGAGAUCGAGUUUAGGCCAUGGACAUUUCUUCAGGAAAAACAAAGGCAUCGUACAAUGCGGAUCGCAACCGGAGGAAGAACUUGCUCUUCGACCUUGGAUAUGACUUCAGCGGUCCGAGCCACUUACUCCAGAUCUCAACCUUCUAAGGAAAGGUCAAGUGCACGGACCCCCCCACAAUUAAGGGGAAGUGACCAUCAUCUUAGACAUUUUGAGGGGGUAA